AUGGCCGGUAAUGAAGAGCAUGCGGUGAUAGAAGCUGCAAGGCCCAAUCUUGCUAAUAUGACUCAGGCUAUUACAAAGUCGCUGAGGAGCCGGAUUCUUGGGUUUCAACAAUGGGAUGGCGAGACUCUUCGUCAAGCUUGGGAAAUAUACAAGAAGCUACUCAAAGACUGCCCUGAUCACUGUCAGACUGAUGAGGUGUUGGGUCACACUUUCGUUGAUGGGUUGGACGAGACAUCAAAGAUGAAUUUUCACUCAGCUUAUGGGGGUAGUUGCAUGGCAAGGCCGUAUAGUGAAAUCCAACUCAUACUAAACAAUUUUACUGCUGAUGAAAAUAAUUGGCAAGGAGAUGGAGAAUCACGAAGAGCACUUAAACAGAAGGCAGAUGGUGUAAUUGAGCUUGAUGACUUCUCAACCAUGAGAGCAGAUAUAGAAAAAUUAGCAAAUCAGAUGUUACAUCCCAGGCCUGAUAAAUCAGCAUGCACAAUAUGGAACACUUACAACCCGAAUUGUAAGAAUGAUCCUAACUUCUCCUGGGGUGGAAAUCAGAUAACUCAGAAUCAUUAUAGACCCCAAGGAAAUUUUAAUCAACCUCAGAAGCCACCCCAACAUGUAGAAGAGAGUACGAAUGAUUUGUUGAAGAAGUUAUUGCUUGACAAUCAACAACUCAGGAUCGAUUUCAGAAAUCUUGAGAGACAAAUGGGGCAGCUAGCGUCAAAUCAAAAUACUAGGCCUGCAGGCGCUCUUUCCAGUGAUACAGAGAAGAACUCUCAAGUUAAUGUAGUCAGACUUAGAAACGGGAGGGAAUUAGAAAAAGUGCCAAAGAAAAGAAGGGAUAAGCCUAUACUUGAGGGGAAUUUGAUUCCUAAGGCAACACAUGAGUCAAAGAAAGAUGAUGCAAGUUAA